GUGCAUUUUACUCUUGCAGAUCCCGUCCUCAAAAAUUACAGGGUGCCCCAACUUGUUCGAGGCUCAGUAGUGGUGUUAGGAACUACCUGUAAGUCUUCCAAUGAAGACGAUGGACUGUUCUGUAGGCAAGUCCUAGUAAGGACAGGAGUGGGACAGAGUCUAAGAAUAUCUUUGUUGUUAAAUCUCUUCCCUAAGGGGACUGGGAGGGGGGCUGCGAUCGGGAUGUAAAGUGAAUAGAGGGGGGAAAAUCUCUUCCUUUAGGUCCCAAUGAUAAACCAAGGUACUAUGUCUCUAAAUUUCACCUUUGGGCCCCAGAGAAUUUAUUGAACGUACUUACAGAGCCUAGGUGAGGGAAGAAGCUGAAGAAACCUUUCCUCCACCUUUUCCUUUUUUUUUUUUUUUUUUUGAGAUAGGCCCUCACUUAGCACUAGUUGUUCUUGUAGCCAAAGAUGACCUUACACUCCUGAUUUUCUUUCUCCUAUCUGAGUCCUGGGAUUCUGGGUGUUCAUCAACAGGAACAACCUGAAUAAAAUUUUCAGUCUGUAGAUGCCCAGAGGGAAGGGUGUAAAGUAUAGUGAUACCUGUCUCUUAUCUACCCUAAUUAAAUGUAAAUUAUACAAGGUUUUCCGGAGUGUGUAGGUACCCUGGCUGUCACUCCACACCAAACACCACUUCAUGACAGUAGUCCCAGUUGUAACUUUACUUUUUUAAAACACAUGUUUAACGAUGAUUCUUAAACACUUUAAUCUCCCUUGUAGCCCACCACCCAUCAGUAGUACUGGAAGAGAAAAGAUACAUGGGAAGUGGGCCUGUUUAGAAAGUUUCUCUGGAGCAACUCUUGUCUCUGUUGUCUGGAAGUAAGCAGUUCAGUCCACGGGUAGCGGCGGCAGCUGGAUCCACUCCCAAGCUCACCAAUGCACCAGCAGUCCAGUGCGGAGAGUCAGGAGAGUAAAUAUGAAUCAGUGACACUGCCUAGCAGAGACAGCCAGGCCUCAACCUCCACACGAGUCAGGAGGACAAGUUCUAGGGCUGUGGUUCUCUCAGGGAAGAGACCACCAGGCUUGACGCCCACAAGCAGUGCAUAGCUGGCUCUAUAAGCAAGCCUAGCUCAGCAUCCAUCACUGUCCAUGGAGUCCUAUUUAUACUCUCUCCAAACACCACGUGUCCUCCACAGGUCUUGCCUCAGCACGUGCAUCUGUCUCAGUUGACAUCACUCUGCCAAUCAGCCUGAGUCCGUGGAAGCAGCAAGAAACUGCAGCACACUACCGAAAGACUUUUGGUUUUUCGAGACCGGGUUUUUCUGUGUAAUCCUGGCUGUGCUGAUGAGCGCUGAUGGGAAGGCCUGAGGGGCGGGGCUUCACGUUUCCCCGCCCAUGGCGUUAAGACUCAAAUCUGCGGAAGCGACUGCGGAGACUUGGUGGGACUUCUGCUAGUGCUUCCGGCGAGGUCCCUUCCUGGGGAGUUCUGGCCUCUGCGGUCCAAGCUUCUGCAGAAGAUGUUUUAUCAUAUUUCCCUGGAGCACGAGAUCCUACUGCACCCACGCUACUUUGGUCCCAACUUGCUCAACACGGUGAAGCAGAAGCUGUUCACCGAGGUGGAGGGGACCUGCACUGGGAAAUAUGGCUUUGUGAUUGCUGUCACUACCAUCGACAAUAUUGGUGCUGGUGUGAUCCAGCCGGGCCGAGGUUUUGUUCUUUAUCCAGUGAAAUACAAAGCUAUUGUUUUCCGGCCCUUUAAAGGGGAAGUGGUGGAUGCUGUGGUCACUCAGGUCAACAAGGUUGGACUUUUCACAGAAAUUGGGCCCAUGUCCUGCUUCAUCUCUCGACACUCCAUCCCUUCAGAGAUGGAGUUUGAUCCAAAUUCGAACCCCCCUUGUUACAAGACCAUGGAUGAGGACAUUGUAAUUCAGCAGGACGAUGAGAUACGCUUGAAGAUUGUAGGGACACGUGUAGACAAGAAUGACAUUUUUGCUAUUGGCUCUCUGAUGGAUGACUACUUGGGACUUGUGAGCUGAGUGAGGGAGCCUCCAGCUUGCUUUGAUCCUGAUUUAGAAAGUGUGACUUUCCAACUUGAACUCAGCACCAACUUGACUGUCGUACCAGAGGUUCAAUCUGGCCACUGUUAUGGGGGCAGGGAAGAAGGCUCCUUGUCCCCAGAACACUUUGUUUCUUCCAGCUGAGCUGUGCUCUUAUUCUCUUCUGUGUUCUAACCAUAAACAUGUUGUCCUUAGUUCUCAAGGAAAUGUGUCUUCUCUUGGUAGGAAUAAAAGUUGUUUAUUUAUUUUA